GCCUCGCCGAGCCAUCUUUCAUCUCUCCUCACCAUCAGGAUGCCGCUCCGUCUCCUACGCAGCUGCGCGCCACUACGCGCUGCCCCGGCGCGCUGCACGCGCACCCCCUCCUCCCGGCGACCCCUCUCCACUCCUCCUCCUCCCCCUCCUCCAUCCUCCCGCACAUCAGACGCGGCCCGCGCGGCCCGCGACCGCCUGUACGCCGACCGGAUGAAGCGCAACCGCACGCUCGUGCUGUACACGGUGGGCUCGCUCGCCCUCGUCUCGGGGAUCACGUACGCCGCCGUGCCGGCGUACCGCGCGUUCUGCGCUGCAACAGGAUACGCGGGCACGCCGAUGACGGACCCGGCGCGGUUCGAGGCCAGCAGGCUGUAUGCGAACGAGCAGACGGCCGGGCGGCCGAUCACCGUCCGCUUCGAGGCGACGAGCUCGGACACGCUCCCGUGGAGCUUUGAGCCUGUGCAGCGCAGCGUCACCGUCGUGCCCGGACAGACGGCGUUGGCGUUCUACACGGCAAAGAAUAACUCGGACAAGGACUUGAUCGGGAUCGCGACGUAUAACAUGACCCCCGAGAAGAUCGCGCCCUACUUUGCCAAGGUGGAGUGCUUCUGCUUUGAGGAACAGAAGAUUCGCGCGGGCGAAGAGGUCGACCUGCCCGUCUUCUUCUUUAUCGAUCGCGACGUCGUGGACGACCCAACACUGGACAAUGUCGACGACAUCGUGCUCUCGUACACGUUCUUCCGGGCCAAGCGCAACGACAAGGGCCACGCCGUGUUCGACGCACCCGCCGACGUCGUGAACAAGGCCUCGGGGUGGGAAAACUACGAACAUGUGCCGGCCAAGUAGGUGGGUCUGAGUCGCCGGGCGCCGAGACGCCGAAGGGGGGAACCGAGUCAAGAGGGUAGAUCUAGAGCAACAGGCAUUAUCAUCGCAUGCAUAGCACAUCUCACUGCGUC